AAAUAGAAACUAAAUAUGCAUUAUCUCCUUCAGUCCCAACUCCCGAGUCCUAAGAAACCACACACAUACUUGUCAGCAUCUAUUCCAACGCCAAAACACAGAUCAUUCUUGACAGAGUAAGCAAGUAACAUACGAGCGAACACAACACACGAUGCCAUAUAAGUCGCCGCCGGAAAGUGACGUCACGGCACCGACUCCGGGAGCGUUCAGGCUCCGGUGGGACGUGUUCCUGAGCUUCAGGGGCAUCGACACGCGCGACACCAUCACGAAGGGUCUCUACUCGUCUCUGGAGGCGCGUGGGGUUCGCGUGUUCCUGGACGACGUGGGAUUGGAGCGUGGGGAAGAGAUAAAGCAGGGGCUCAUGGAGGCCAUUGAUGACUCAGCAGCGUUCAUUGUCAUCAUAUCUGAAAGCUACGCUACUUCCCAUUGGUGUCUCGAGGAACUCACCAAGAUUUGCGACACCGGGAGGCUCGUCUUGCCCGUUUUCUACCGGGUCGACCCGAGUCAUGUCCGCGACCAAAAGGGUCCCUUCGAAGCGGGUUUUGUUGAGCAUGAACGAAGGUUUGGUAAAAAUGAGGUUUCCAUGUGGAGGGAAGCAUUCAAUAAACUUGGUGGAGUUUCAGGUUGGCCUUUUAAUGACAGUGAGGAAGAUACUCUGAUUCGGCUUUUGGUGCAACGGAUAAUGAAAGAGUUGAGUAAUACUCCUUUGGGUGCGCCUAAGUUUGCAGUAGGGCUUGAUGAACGCGUUGAGAAGUUGAUGAAAGUGUUACAAGUUCAAUCCAAUGGUGUCAAGGUUUUGGGGUUGUAUGGGAUGGGUGGGGUUGGUAAGACAACCCUUGCCAAGGCACUUUUCAACAAUCUUCUCAAUCAUUUUGAGCAUCGUUGCUUCAUUUCAAAUGUCAGAGAAGUUUCAUCAAAACAAGACGGUUUGGUUUCCCUUCGAACCAAAAUCAUCGAAGACCUUUUCCCUGAACCAGGGUCUCCCACCAUCAUCAGUGAUCAUGUAAAAGCUAGGGAGAAUCGAGUUUUGUUGGUCUUGGAUGAUGUUGAUGAUGUAAAGCAGCUUGAUGCUUUGAUUGGUAAAAGGGAAUGGUUUUAUGAUGGAAGCCGUGUGAUAAUCACCACAAGGGAUACAGUUCUAAUUAAGAAUCAUGUGAAUGAGUUGUAUGAAGUUGAAGAAUUGAACUUUGAUGAAGCACUAGAGUUGUUCAGUAACCAUGCACUGCGAAGAAAUAAACCGCCAGAAAAUUUUCUGAAUCUGUCAAAGAAGAUAGUGUCUCUGACUGGAAGAAUGCCUUUGGCUCUAGAAGUGUUUGGUUCGUUUUUGUUUGAUAAGAGGAGGGUGGAGGAAUGGGAGGAUGCUGUGGAGAAGUUGAGACAAAUUCGCCCUAAGCAUCUUCAAGAUGUGUUGAAGAUAAGUUAUGAUGCAUUAGAUGAAGAAGAGAAGUGCAUAUUCCUUGAUAUGGCUUGUUUGUUUGUCCAAAUGGGAAUGAAGCGUGAUGAUGUGAUUGAUGUGUUAAGAGGUUGUGGUUUUAGGGGUGAGAUAGCUAUUACGGUGCUUGUGCAGAAAUGCUUAAUCAAAAUCACCGAUGAGGACAAUACACUGUGGAUGCAUGAUCAAAUUAGAGACAUGGGGAGGCAAAUUGUUGUAGAUGAAAGCAUUGUUGAUCCUGGUAAGCGUAGUAGACUGUGGGAUCGUGCUGAAAUCAUGUCUGUUUUGAAGGGUCAUAUGGGAACUAGAUGUAUUCAAGGAAUUGUGCUAGAUUUUGAAGAAGAAAGAUUUUAUAGAAGCAAGGCCGAAUCAGGUUUUUCGACGAACCUUCAAUGGAGAUCAAGUUUAAGAAAUGUAUUAGGAGGCAUCAUCGAACAAUGCCUAUGCCUUAAGAAUUAUCUCCACCCUCAAGCAGAGGAAAACAAAGAGGUUAUACUUCAUACAAAAUCCUUUGAACCAAUGGUUAAUCUGAGACAACUUCAGAUUAAUAAUCGGAGAUUAGAAGGCAAGUUUCUUCCAGCUGAACUGAAGUGGCUACAAUGGCAAGGGUGCCCUUUAAAACACAUGCCUUUGAAAUCUUGGCCACGAGAGUUGGCUGUUCUUGAUCUCAAAAACAGCAAGAAAAUAGAAACCUUGUGGGGAUGGAAUGAUUACAAGCAGGUGCCGCGAAACUUAAUGGUCUUGAAUCUCUCCUACUGCAUCGAACUCACUGCUAUCCCUGAUUUAUCUGGGUGUCGACAUCUAGAAAAGAUUGAUCUAGAGAACUGCAUUAAUCUAACUAAUAUUCAUGACUCAAUUGGCAGUUUGAGUACCUUGCGUAGUUUAAAACUGACGCGCUGUUCAAGCCUUAUCAACCUUCCCAUUGAUGUCUCAGGGCUAAAACAUCUAGAGAGCCUUUUUCUUUCUGGCUGCACCAAGUUAAAAUCAUUACCAGAAAACAUAGGAAUCCUGAAAUCCUUGAAAGCACUUCAUGCUGAUGGCACAGCUAUAACAGAGUUGCCCCGGUCCAUUUUUCGCCUCACGAAACUUGAACGACUUGUUUUAGAAGGUUGCAAACAUUUGAGAAGGCUACCUAGUUCUAUAGGACAUCUAUGUUCUUUGAAAGAAUUAUCUCUAUAUCAGUCUGGAUUAGAAGAAUUACCUGACUCUAUUGGAUCAUUGAAUAACCUUGAGAGACUCAAUUUGAUGUGGUGUGAAUCUCUCACUGUAAUUCCUGAUUCUAUAGGCAGUCUCAUAUCAUUGACACAACUUUUUUUUAAUAGCACUAAAAUUAAAGAACUCCCUUCUACCAUUGGUUCUUUAUAUUACCUGAGGGAGUUAUCAGUUGGGAACUGUAAAUUUCUCAGUAAAUUGCCAAAUUCAAUUAAAACUUUGGCUUCAGUUGUUGAGCUUCAGUUAGAUGGAACAACCAUCACAGAUUUGCCAGAUGAGAUUGGAGAGAUGAAAUUAUUGAGGAAACUUGAGAUGAUGAAUUGCAAAAAUCUUGAAUAUUUACCAGAAUCUAUUGGCCACCUAGCAUUUCUUACUACACUGAACAUGGUCAAUGGAAAUAUCAGGAAAUUGCCAGAGUCCAUUGGAUGGCUAGAAAAUCUUGUCACCUUAAGAUUGAACAAAUGUAAAAUGCUCAGCAAGCUUCCAGCUUCUAUAGGAAAUUUGAAAUCUCUGUAUCACUUCUUCAUGGAGGAAACUUGUGUGGCAAGCUUACCUGAAAGCUUUGGGAUGCUCUCAAGCUUAAGAACAUUGAGAAUUGCAAAGAGGCCUAAUUUAAAUACCAAUGAAAAUAGCUUCCUUGCAGAACCUGAAGAGAACCACAACUCUUUUGUACUUACACCUUCCUUUUGCAAUCUGACCUUGCUAACUGAGCUUGAUGCUCGUUCCUGGAGAAUAUCCGGGAAAAUUCCAGAUGAAUUUGAGAAGUUAUCACAAUUAGAGACUUUAAAAUUGGGCAUGAAUGAUUUUCAAAAACUUCCUUCCAGCUUGAAGGGCCUUUCUAUUCUCAAGGUGCUUUCACUUCCAAACUGCACUCAGCUGAUCUCUCUCCCCUCACUUCCUUCAAGCUUGAUUGAGCUGAAUGUUGAAAACUGUUAUGCACUAGAAACUAUACAUGACAUGUCAAAUUUAGAAAGUCUGAAGGAGUUGAAACUCACAAACUGUGUAAAAGUGAGGGAUAUACCUGGUCUUGAAGGCUUGAAGUCCUUGAGAAGGUUGUACCUGAGUGGUUGUGUUGCAUGCUCCUCACAAAUACGCAAGAGACUUUCAAAGGUAGUAUUGAAGAAUUUACAGAACUUGAGCAUGCCAGGAGGCAAAUUACCUGAAUGGUUUUCAGGACAAACUGUAUGCUUUUCCAAGCCUAAAAAUCUUGAGCUAAAAGGUGUAAUUGUUGGUGUUGUUCUUUCAAUCAACCAUAAUAUUAACAUUGGCAUACCUAAUAUGCAGCGAGAGCAUAUGCCUGGAGUGCUUGAUGUUCAAGCAAAUGUCCUCAAACAGGGCAAAACUCUCUUUAGUACAGUUUUAAAUAUCUGUGGGGUGCCAAGGACAGAUGAAGAACACAUACACUUGUGUAGGUUCCAUGAUUACCAUCAGUUGAUAGCCAUUUUAAAAGAUGGUGAUACAUUUUGUGUGAGUAAGAGAAAUCCACCUUUUGAUAAAGGGUUGGAGUUAAAACAAUGCGGGGUUCAUUUAAUCUUUGAAGGGGAUGAUGAUUAUGAUGGAGGGGAAGAAUCAUUGGACAAAGACCUACAAUCUGUCUCAGAAAAAUUAGCCAACUUUUUCAAGACUUAUGAAGAUGAGAGUGUCAGGAAUCAGAAUGAAUUGGAGAUGAUGGGACAAGAGCCAAGAUCUUUUCUUGUUACACUUAGAAGCAAUUUUAUUUUUCUUUUCCUGAUUGGUCUAUUCUUUUCUUUGUGCUAUAUAUAUGUGUUGGUGUUGCUUAGAAGAGAUCGAUACAUAUAGUUGGGCUGAGUUUAUAUGAUUGUCUUUCUAUUAGGAGAAUUUGCUAUUAGCUCUGUUCUUCACGUGCCCAUUAAGGUAGGAAUCACUGCAGUGUUUCCGGUGAUGUUGUGGUCUUUCUUUGAUUCUGGAGAGUUCAGCAAGCAAAAUAUAUGAUGAACACCCUCAAUGCUAUUAGACACUUAGGGAGGGAGAGAAAAAAGAAAGAAAAAGAUAGAUUUGAUAUGGUUUAUGAUGUGAUACAAUGAGAGUGAUAGAGAAAAAUGAGAGGUAUUUAAAAUAAACUAUAGUUGAUGUAUCAUUACUCCAUUGAUGGUGGUAGGUUUACCUACAGGGAUUCUAGUACUUAGGUUGAUGGGUUGAUUAGUAAGAGGUAAAAAUGGAAAUGACAUGUACCUUUGCUAGGGUUUUUCUCUCCUAUGUAUAGUGUUGAUUGGCAUUUGCAUGUUCA